AUGGCCUAUCUUGCUCCCGCGGCCGCCGCCUCUUCCCUCCGCACCCCCAUCUACCUAACCGCCUCUUCCCGGCGCCGCUCCUUUCUCCCCGCCGCCGUCAAAGCCACCGCCAGUUCUGGACACCCCAUCCUCUCCUCCCUCCGCAUGGCCGCCUCCGCCGCCGUCCUCCUCGCCGCCACCUCCCCGGCACUCGCGUGCACCCCCUCCGCGCCCCCACCCCCGCCCACUCCCCUGACAGUCACGGUGUCCCCCGACGACGCCAUCCCAGACGCAGACGCCUCCGAGUCCCACCCCUUCGAGAAGCUCAUCAUCGAGACCGCCUGCCUCGCGCGCAUCGGCGGCGCGGGCGAGGCGCGCUCGCGCCUGGCCGCGGCCGGAUGUGGAGAGAUCUACGGCCGCCUCCUGGCCGCUCAGGUUCUGUUCGUGGACGGGAAGGUGGACGAGGCGAUCGCAGCCUUCGAGGAGCUUGCGCGGGAGGACCCCGCUGACUACCGCCCGCUGUUCUGUCAGGGCGUGCUGUACCUCGUCCUUGGCAGGGAGGUGGAAUCCGAGUCCAUGCUCGAGCGAUGCCGCGAGGUCGGCGGCGACGCGCUAAUCGUAGAUCCGGCAAUGAUGGUGACGCCGACCGUGGGGGCGGAAUCCAGUGAGGAGAAGCCAGAGCCAGAGCCUGAGCCGGAGCCAGCGAAGGUGUGA